ACAACCUUUAACUAAUUAUUACUCGUCUAUUUUUCGACUUCUGUCUGGUCCUUUCGUGUGCACCAAUGAAGGAGGAGUAUCAGCUAUCAAAGUGUGAACGUUUCAAAAAAGGAAUAUAUGAUAGCGAGAAAAAGGCGUUUCUGGGGCGAACAUUCAAAAGUUGGGCUUUAAUAUUUGUUUUCUAUGUCAUCGCCUACAGCCUCCUUGCCGGUUUCUUUAUGGGAAUGUUAUCAGUGUUUAUGUAUGGGUUCUUGGAUUGGAAAACACCUCGUCUCACUGGCUAUCAAAGUAUUCUCAAUUUAAAUCCUGGAGUUAGUUUCUCACCACGACUCAGCCCGCUUCACUCGUUUCUACACUUCACCAACUACCCUUCCAGCGUAAACGAGCACUAUCUGGUCAAGGCAAAAGAGCUUUUGGACAGCUACAAACGAACUGAACAUAAUGCAGCCUGCCCGAACGAUGUGCCGGUGGAUAGUUUUCCUGAAGUCCCUUGUCGCUUCCCGACAGAGACGCUAGGAGAGUGCAAUGAUCCGGAAGGUGCUAUUGCUAAAGGAACACCCUGCGUCUAUAUCAAACUGAACACGGUCUACGGUUGGCUACCGGAACUGGCGAAUGUGACUGAGUUCCCAACAAUCUCGAUUCGUUGCCGUGGCCAGCCAUUCACUGCCGUUCUAUUUUACUAA